AGGAGUACACCAGGAUUCUACUCUAUAGACCCCCUGGCUUGUUGGCACCACCAUUGCUCCCCAUGAUGAGUUGGACGGCAGGUUUGGUGCUCCCCCUGGUGCUGCUGUGCACGUGGCGGCUACAAGAAGCAGUACAAGCGUGCACGUGCGGGGAUUCCGUGCAUCCACAGACUGCGUUUUGCCAGGCAGACGUCGUCAUCAAGGCAAAGGUGCUUGGAAGGAAGCUUGUUGGCGGAAUUGAAGAAUCGGUCAAGUAUGACAUCAAACAGAUGCAGAUGUUCAAGGGCCCUCGCAGAAAUAUUGAUGCCGUCUACACUCCAUCCUCCUCUGCAGCCUGUGGAGUGUCGCUGAACAAUAAUGUAGAAUAUCUUCUCACAGGCAGACUGGCGUCUAAUGGGUUGCUGCACGUCGGAUUGUGUGACUUCAUGACACCCUGGGACAACCUGAGCGCCUCCCAAAAGACCAACCUGGUAGCGCAUUAUAAAAUGGGCUGCGCUUGCCAGAUCACUCACUGCUACGCCUUCCCGUGCAAGUUGAGCAGACCGGCGGAGUGCUUGUGGACUGACUUUGUGACAAAGUUGGGCAAUAGAGAGCAGGCCAGACAUUUUGCUUGUGUCAAGAGAAGUCAUGGCUACUGUGCCUGGUACAGAGGGACCCUCUUCCCCAAAAAGGGUUACAUGGACACUAAAGGCCGUUGAACUGCUGUGCAGAAGAUGUCAAAAUUACCAUUAAACUUUCUCCAAAGCAA